AUUUUAGAUUAGCGGAAGCAUCUUUGAUAAAUUGGCUGUCUUCGGCUGUCAGUUUAUUAGCAGUUUAUCAGCUUAGUUGUCAAGAUGGGUGGCUGUUGGUCAUGUGUGGCCUGCAGGUCUCACCCAGAGGCAGAACCAAAGGAUGAAGAUGAAGAGGGGGCACUGACAGGUCAUCCCAGAAACCCAACCCAUGUUGCACCAUUUUCUGGGGGACUCCCCAGUGUUUUGGGGGACACUCUGGGGAAAGAGCUCACUGAGGAACCCUCCGUGCCAGAACCUCUUCCAGCACCUCGCAUCACCAAUGACAUCCUGGGGGAAGCACUCAUUGAGGAACCCUCCAUACCAGAACCCCUUCCAGCACCUCGUAUCACCAACAACAUCCUGGGGGAAGUGCUCAUUGAGGAACCCUCCAUGCCAGAACCCCUUCCAGCAACUCACAUCAUCAAGGACAUCCUGGGGGAAGCACUCAUUGAGGAACCCUCCAUGCCAGAACCCCUUCCAGCACUUCGCAUCACCAACAAGAUCCUGGGGGAAGCACUCAUUGAGGAAACCUCGAUUCCAGGGCCCCUUCCAACACCUUGCAUCACCAAUGACCUACUGGGGAAAGUGCUCAUUGAGGCUCCCUCAGUGCCAGGUCCUUCCAUCCUCACAGACACUCCAAAGGAAGCAGCUUCUGUGUCAGAGCCCUUACUAGAGCCUUCCAUUGCUGAUAAUUAUCUUCAGCAAGAAGUAGAACUCCUCAGAGGGUUACAGCAUGACUAUGUCCAGCAGCAACUGAGGGUUCGCUGCAUUUCCCAACAGUUCCCUCGUUCUCUCCAGGCCAUAUACCUGCAAAUUGGACACAUGCGGACAAGGCUCAUCCGCAGUGAAGUUCGGCUGCAGCAGUGGGAAAGGGAAGAUGUUCCUGCAGGCCCUGCUGCACUUCUCCAGCCCUCUGGGUCUGAUUCAUCAUUGUCCUCUGCCUCCCUGGAGGUUGCCUCCAUCCCACCCUCCACCUCCACCUCUUCCCUCCUCCUGCAUCCCUCUCCAACUCCUCCUCCUUCCCCACCUCCUCUGGAGCCAGACCUCAGCAAUGUGAAAGAAACUCUGCAGAGUUUGGUAGAGAUGCAGGUCCAUCAGCUGCGUGACCAUAAGUCUCACAGAGGCAGCACUCCAUAACCUCUACCUUUUCCAUCCCCAUUGUGAUUUUACAAUCUAAAAAACUUAUAGUCUAAAAACAGAGGCAGGGAUACAAUAGAAGAAGUAGAGGGAAGCGGAGGUGGGGGCAAGUGGGGGAAAGAUGUGUAUGUAUUUCAGCCGCAGCUCCAUAGGACCAGGAAGAUCCAGGUUUGAAUUCUCAUCCAGCCAUGAAACUCGCUGGGUGACUUUGGGCCAGUCACUUGUCCCACAGCCUAACUUACCUCUUAGGGUUAUUGUGAGGAAAAAAUAACCAUGUAUAAACCUCCCUGAGCUGCUUGAGGAAGAGCAGAAUAUGAAUGCUAAAAGAAAAACAAAUAUCAGCCCUUUUGAGUUUAAGCUGAGAUGAAACCGGAAACCAAGGAGGAUGAUAUACAAUUGUGCAUAUUGCAAAUCCUCCUUAUAGUGUCAUCAAUGUACAUGGGCAAAAGUUCCCUGCCACCAGAAGCAUACAGUCUAAAGUUUGGCUUUGAAGAGAGAAGUGAGGAAGAGGAGGAAUGGGAGAGGAAAGCAUAAGGGGCAUUCAAUUCAAGCCGAUGGAGCUGCCUCUACUGAGGCAUUAUGCCAAAGGCUGCGCAGUGGAGGUGGGUUUUCAGGUAUCAUUGGAGGGAUAGGAGAGAGACGAGGGGCCACAUCUGAGUGGCUGUUCCAGACCCAAGGGUCAGCGAGAGGGAAGAGAAAGAGUUCUUUUAGAGAGCAGGAGACCUUCAGGUGGCUCCUGAAGACAGAGAAGCUGGAAGAGCAAAAAUCAACCUGAUGAGGUGCAAGUUCACCGGGGGGGUACAUAGCCAUGGAGGGUGUUCAAGACAGAGAGGAGGAGUCUGUGCUGGGCAUGGAAGGGGACUAGAAGUCAAUGCAGGGACUGACAUGGUGGAGGACAGGCCCCUUCACCCUGUUUGUUUUCUCUCCUUCAAGGCCAAAGAGACCUCCGCAGCUGCCAGGAAUGCUUACAAAGCUUCAAGGCACUGAGGGGACAGUUGAGGCGGCUAAGGAGCAGACUGGCCAGGGUGGAAGCCACUAUGGGGAUCGUGGUUCCUCCAAGGGAGCUGGACGUUGCUGAGGAAGAAGGGGAAGGCAAAUUAAAAGAGACAACUGUGCUACUAUUUACAUAAGUAGCAAUAAAAUGCUGUGUAUACAUUUUUAAAAUAUUAAAUAUUUGUUUUAAUAGGAUUUAGAGAUAGAACAGCAAUAAAACUUGCAUAUUUAUUGUUUAAAAAAUAAAAUGUUUUAUUUUAAAGAAAA